AUAGAUAUCGUGCAUGUUAGCGUACUUGUAAGUUAGACUUGAAAAGCCCUUACGGUUGAAACAAGGAUUUUCUGGCACCGUCCGCUAUCAUGUGGCACCUCCUUGUGUUUGCAGCCUUAAUCGGCAUCUCAGUUGGCCAGUUUGAAAUGGCAUCCAUGUUGAUGGGAGGAGGAGGUGCCUUUGGCGGGAGCAGCGUCAUGAACGACCCCGUGUACCUGUGCAUGAACACCGAGAACAUCCGCAUGAUACCAUGUCGCGACAUGAAGGACAUGUGCGACAUCGUGGCGCUUCAGAUGAACUUGAUGCCGAACACCCUCACGUGCGCACCGCUUGGUGUCGGCUGCUGCGCGAGGGACGCCAUGUCUUUGAUGUUGUUAAAACGACCUGUCUCGUAAUGUUCUCCGAUUGGAUACCGUAUUAAAUAGAUGAAAAACUGAAUGCGCUAGUCAAUCCAUCGAGUUAUCUAAUUUUGGAGAAUGGUUUUUUUGACACUUACAUUAUACUCAUUAACUGUUUUAGUUUUUAUUCUGAUUCUGCUAUUUCCUGUAGAUCUACGUAUACUUUGUUUUGUGUAUUUUUGUGUGUGAGUCUAAUGAUAAAUAUACAAUAGUUAA